CUGUUCUCAGGCGGUUCUUCCAAUUGCCGUAAAAGCUUCCGCGUUCCUAUUUUCUUACUUACCCUGACAGACUGUACCAGGACGUAGACGUAGGUACACUCGGAGCACUUACACGCACAACUCGCUCUCACAACGCAUGUGGUCUACUGCAAGAGAAAUUGCCGCGGGCGACCUGGUCAUCGUCUGGCUGACCAGAGAUGCAGUCCAGCCGCUGGUAAUCACCCCCGGAAAAGAGCUGAAUGGCAAGUACGGUGUAUACCGCCAUUCAGAUCUCAUCGGUGUGCCCUACGGCUCGAAGAUCGGUUCCCGCAACGGCAGGGGCUUUAUCCAUGUCCUGAGGCCCACCCCCGAACUCUGGACGCUCGCCUUGCCGCAUCGUACGCAAAUUCUCUACAUCGCAGACAUCGCCUUCGUCAGCUCAUGGCUCAACAUCAAGCCUGGAAGCCGCAUCAUCGAAGCCGGCACUGGAUCCGGGUCGUUCACCCACUCUGUCGCGCGCGCGAUAGGGCCCGCUGGUCACCUAUGGUCAUAUGAAUUCCACGAGGCGCGUGUCAACAAAGCCAGGGAAGAGUUUAGCUGUCAUGGCAUGGACGACAUCGUCACCCUUACCCAUAGGAAUGUGUGCAAAGAUGGAUUCACCGUACUCGAUACUGUCGACGCCGUCUUCCUUGACCUCCCAAUGCCUUGGGAGGCAGUCGAGCACGCUAAGAAAGCUCUGAGGAAGGACCGAACGACACGGAUAUGCUGCUUUAGCCCUUGCAUGGAGCAGGUGCUGCGAACCGUGACCGCGUUAAACGACGCUGGCUUCACAGACAUCACCAUGUACGAAACCCUCUUGCGCCCGCAUCAAGUGGACUCCGUGCCCGCGCUUCCACACAUUGGCCAAGUCAGCGAGAAACUGAAGAAAGCGGAGCAGAAACGGGAAGAGAAACGGCUGCGCCAGAUCGCCAACUCGCGCGCCUCCGCGGCCGGCAAGCGCAAGCGUCCCGGUGAUGCGGACGAGAGCGACGGCGGCAGAGCGGAAGGAAGCGCGGGGAAGAGGCCGAAGACGGACGACGAGGACGACGUCCUGCAACAUGAGGACGGGCAGUUACCUCAAGCAGAGAACCAUCCGUCGGGACGCUCAGCAGGCGCCGCUGAAACCGAAGAAGCAAAAUUCCCUCAAAGCGUCACCGAGUCUGCGACUCCGACUAAGACGACCUUCUCCAAGACGUUCCCGGAAGUUCGGGGACACACCUCCUACCUCACAUUCGCUUGCCUUCUACCCGCCAUACCAAGUGCACAGGCAGAUCCUGCGACUCAGGAGCCUGUACCUAGCGAUUAA